AGCCGAUAAGUGAACAAUUAUCUCCCAUUAUAGGGCGAUUUCCGAUCCGGCUCAAGUGUCCCAAUCCAACAUUAUCCAAAAGAAUAGCUAGAUCAAAGGCCGAACAACGUAUUCAACCAAAAGCUUCAAGUGAUGACUCGGGUUAUUCAAGUGGCUCCGACAAAAGCAAAGACAAUACAAGCAACAAGCCUGGGGCAUCAAAGGUUCCCGUAGCCUGGCUUGAUUAUAUUUUAGAGAUGACGGUUGAUACACGAGAGGGUGUUAGACAGGUUCCUAUACCAACCGAAACGGAAGAAGAAAGGUACCAGCGUCUAAGCAAGAAGGUAUAUGUCUUUGUCCCUGAUGAGACCGACCACGCCAAACCAUGGCCGAAGAAAACUUACCCCGAUCUAAAAUCGGCUCUUGUGGCUAUCUGUACCCGCUACAAGCCAUUUUACGCCCCAUUCGCUGCGUACACGAACCUGACCCGUACCAUUCAGCUCUUCCCGGCGGAUUUUAGACUACCGAGAAAUACCGCUCUCAUUCCGGGCAGCAUCAUGUUCACCAUGCAGGAGGCGUUAGAUAACUGGGAGUCUACGCUGUUUUGUCGUAGCUUAUCUGUCGUGGAGGAAGAAACAGAGGACCAGGGGACAUUGGAACUCACUUUUGACACGGUGGCGGACUCCGGAUCCGAGGAAACUAUUGAAAUUUCCCCGUCCCUCUCAUGCAACUUUAGCACCGAGGACUCAGACGACAUGAUCGAUUGCAGUAUACUAGAGCCGGACUCGGAUUCGCCCAUUAUUGUCGAGGCCAACCCGUUGAAGUAUCCAGACCCGGAAAUGGACGACUCGCAGAUGUCAUGGACGGACCAGUCGAUGUCGACGGAGGAUUACGAUAUGACCAUGGCCUCGCGGAUGGGGCUCAUUGGCUAAGUGGCGAGAAAGAGGCUGGCUGCUUUCACGGGUUGGUACAUUAGUGUGUCUCAGAGGUGCUGUUUCUAUUGGUGGGCGACUUGUUGGAAUUAGUUGACUUUCGUUUAAUAUUGGCGGUGGGCUGAGUCAAGAUGCCGUGUAUAGGAAGGUUAGGUAGAGAAUAGAAAGCAUCAUUGAAAUAUGCCAGGCUAAGUGAAAUAUUGCUAAACUAAAACAUUAUAACUUCGGAUUUUUUUAAAAAAAAUUUCUUGAAAAAACACUAUGGGAUAUUGAAAGGGGACAAUUCCAGAAGUUUAAAGGGGGGGCACUGUUCAGUACAAUACAGCUAUGUGCCCCCACAUCCCGGAUAAGCGAUUACCACAACCCGGACCGGGAUAGCUUAUCAGUUGCCCGCCACCUGCACGGAAACGUCAUUUCUCAACCUACCAC